CUAAGCAUAAAAGACCGUAAACAUGUAUUUUAUACUCUCAAUAUUACACACCACUGGAUCCCGAUUCUUUGAGAUAUUUCAAGGUUCUUCAAAAGUCACAAUAAUGACUUCGCCUGGUAAUGAAUUACUUUUAUGGACCAGUACUGUAUUCUGUUACUAUUUUGAGUUAGUUAGUAAGUCAUAGCUGUUUGACCUCACACAACGGAGUGCAAGUGCCCGCCGUGAUGUUGUGGUUAGCGUUCUGGACUUGGAGCGGGCGCGUAGGGGUCGAAUCGUCAGGAAGGGCAUCCGGAACCUAAAGGGCUCAAGCCGAAAAUCAGUAUGCGAGUAUCAAAAAGAUGUGGAGAAAAGAAAGACUUGGCAAAGCCGGGGGCAGACAGGUUGCGGGGGCGUGGCCAAGUGUGUUGAGCGUUGCUAAGGGCAAACUUGGCAUAUGAGUGCAAAAUGAGCGGUGGUCUCACGCAGCAGCGCACUGCGUGACCUGAGGAAUUCAGCAGGUACCUAUAGACACUUCAGAGUUUCCGUGCGUGGAGGUGAGCUGGCGAUGGGGCGCCUCGCUGGAUUGUAGAAGAUUAAUCCAUCAGCACCUGGCGUCUGUGAGAUAUUGACAUCAUCCUGACCAAUUUGACAGACAACCAAACAUAUUCCCUGAAAAAUCCCACACCAUGAAGCCGUCCCUUCCAUUUCCACGCUGGUUUGGAGCGGCAAGCUUGUGGCUGUGUUUGGCCCAGACUGUCGCCUCCCCAGAGCUCACCAACUCCACACGACUGGAAUCCCUCUUGGACAAGUACAGGGACAAGGAUGAGGAGUGGUGGACGGCCAGGACGAGAGGAAAGCGAGCCAUCAGCGAGGGGGAUAUGCACCUCAUCUUAGACCUACACAACAAGUUGCGGGGUCAGGUCCACCCUCCGGCCUCCAACAUGGAGUACAUGGUGUGGGAUUACGAGUUGGAAAGAAGCGCCGAGCACUGGGCUCAUACCUGCCGAUGGGAACAUGGGCCGAGCUACAUGUUGACUCAAAUAGGCCAAAACCUGGGAGCUCACUGGGGCAGGGACCGUCCUCCCACCUACCACGUGCAGGCCUGGUAUGACGAGGUGAGGUACUACAGCUACCCUUACUCCCAGGAGUGUAACCCACACUGCCCCUUCAGGUGCUCAGGACCUGUUUGCACUCACUACACUCAGUUGGUGUGGGCCACAAGCAACCGCAUCGGCUGUGCUAUCAACGUGUGUUACAACAUGAACGUGUGGGGAAUGAUCUGGGCCAAAGCCGUCUAUCUCGUCUGCAACUACUCCCCACCCGGAAACUGGUGGGGUCAUGCCCCAUACAAGUAUGGUGCUCCUUGUUCCGCUUGUCCAGCCAGCUACGCUGGGGGCUGCAGGGACAAUCUCUGCUACAAAGGUGGGGGCACUGACAGGCAUCCGGCUGUGGAGACGGAGGAGACCAACUACAUCGAACCAGAGCCUGACGCAGUGAGAGAGAGGGAGCCCCAACCAAGAGUCCAAGCACCAAACCCCUCAGCGCCCUCGGAGGACGCAGACAGAAACAGAGUCGUCAGCACGGAGCAGAUGUCCCAGCAGAUGGACUGUGACACCAAGCUGAGGGAUCGGUGCAAGGGCACAACUUGUAACAGAUACGAGUGUCCGCCCGGCUGCCUUGACAGACACGGAAAAGUAGUCGGGAGCACAUUUUAUGACAUGCAAUCCAGUGUGUGUGGAGCCGCGCUGCACGCCGGCGUCAUUGACAAUGAUGGAGGAUGGCUGGAUGUCACCAGGCUGGGGAGGAAGCAACAAUUCCUUAAGUCAUACAAGAAUGGCGUUCAGUCAAUAGGGAAGAACAGAAGUGCCAAUUCCUUCAAAAUCGAGUCUGUGCCUGUGAAGGCGGUAUCAUGUGACACCACCGUGGCGGUGUUCUGUCCCUUUAAGAAACCCGUGCGACACUGCCCGAGGCUGUACUGUCCCAAGAACUGUCAACGAGGGAGACUGGGCAGAGUCUUUGGAAGUAAAUAUUACUCGGAUAAAUCAAGUAUCUGCAGAGCAGCCAUUCAUGCUGGAGUCAUCCAGAAUGAAUCGGGAGGUUACCUUGAUGUGAUGCCAGUGGACCGAAGGAGGCAGUACAUUGGCGCUUACCAAAAUGGCAUCACUUCAGAGAGCUUAAUCAACCCGACAGGAGGAAAAGCCUUCAGAGUGUUUGCCGUCAUCUGAAAUCAACAGCAUCAAAGAACACACUCAUCAUCAUCGCACACAAGCAGCCGAAGGCCCUGCAAGUAACAAGUCAAGCACAAGGAAAACAGAACCUCCACACAGAAAGCCCCCCUACCUCCCCGAGCAGACUGGCACCCAGAACUUCCAGUACAAUCCACUGCCACACCACACUGCCCACACAGUUCCCUAGAAGGUACUUUCAUUUGGACUCUAGCACAAGAGCCACACACAUUUCAAAUGUGGUCCAAAUCCAGAACUUCAAAAGCCUGCUGUACAGUGUUGUGAUAACUAUGUUGUGAUUGGACGCUUUCCUUCCAGGGGAGGGGUUGAGCAAGUUCUUUUACCAUGGAAAAACUAUUGAGCUUUUACUGUACACAUAUACUGUACUUGAUAUGUACGCAGAAAAAGUUUCACGUCAGAUUUUGGGAUGAAUUUAUUAUUAGGGGUGAUGUAGGGCUAAUACGUAUCAGUAAAAAAAACAUGACUACAAUUAUCCCUCAUUUAUGGCUGUUAAUUGGAUUGGACCAUGAUAAGUGAAUUCCGGCCAAGAAGGAUUCAUUAUUUAUACAUUUUAUAUUAUUAUAUUUACAGCUGAGGCCGAGUGGUUACCGCACAGGCCUCACAGCUAGGAGACCUAAGUUCAAUUCCACCCAGGAGUUUGCAUGUUCUCCCUGUGCAUGCGUGGGUUUUCUCCGGGUACUCUGGUUUCCCCCCACAUUCCAAAAACAUGCUAGGUUAAUUGGCGACUCCAAAUUGUCCAUAGGUAUGAAUGUGAGUGUGAAUGGUUGUUUGUCUAUAUGUGCCCUGUGAUUGGCUGACCACCAGUCCAGGGUGUACCCGGACAGCUGGGAUAGGCUCCAGUACCUGCCGCGACCCUCGUGAGGAUAAGCGGUAGAAAAUGAAUGAAUGAAUAUUUAGAGCAUAGAAGACCAGUUUAAGACCCUCUAAACGUGUUAUAAUAUAAUAAUAAGUAUUGAGUAAUACUCAAUAAAGUAGACCAAGUAAUAGAAAAUAAGACACCAGGUUAGCGUAGACGGGAUGCUUGGUGGCUAUUAUCUCAUCCUGACACCUAGUGGCCAGUGUAGGACUAACAUUCGUGUAGACUAACAUUCACACAGGAGCUGCUGUCAGCCACAACUCAAGCCAGCUAUGACCAUCUGGCAACAAUGAUACCAAUUGUACCUCCAUCAGUGAAUGUUUUGGUUUGUUCUUGGAUCAUCUUUCUGUAUUGUAGUUCCCAAAAACCAAAUAUCCCUAACUUUUUGUGAGGUUCGUGUAUAUAUAUAUAUAUAUAUAUGCAGUAUUAUUUUCACUGGAAUGCAGUACUUUCCUUUGAAAGAAUGAGAAAAUGAAGUGGAUCAUCAAUAUAUUGCAAUGAGCAUAUAUAGAGAGGGUUCACUCUGGGCAUUUCCUUCAGCACCUUGUAUUUCUUCCAUAGAACAACGGCAUGAACGGAGUGAGACCUUUUGUCAGUCAUACAGUCUCCUUGUCUAGGUGGGGGGAGGGGGGCGCUAGCAUACACACAGACUUUAGAAGAGUGCAUCAUAGUAGAAAUUCAAUGAGUAGAUUUCAAUAUAUUGUGACAUGUUUUGGGAUAUUUCUCCAUUGUACUUUUCUUAUAAGCAGUCUUGUCUCGUUUUCGUGGACUGAAUAUUGUGUAUUG